UCUGGUGAUUGACAGAUGAGAACUUCAAAGCAACAGCCCCCUCCAUUACAGACCUAUAAAUGUGUCUUCUCGCACUGUUCUCGAAAGCCCCAUUCUGACUCUCUUUCUUUGCUGAAAUCACUAAACGCUACGUAAAGAUGUCAGACCUGGAGACCUGCCUGGGAACCAUCAUUGAGGUCUUCCAUAAAUAUUCAUCAAAAGAAGGUGACAUAUACAAAUUAAAGAAAAGUGAACUCAAGGAGUUGCUCACGAACGAAUUUCCGUCCCUUCUCGAGCAUGUGAAAGAUCAAGCUACAAUGGACAGUUUGAUGGAAAGCUUGGAUACCGACGGCGACUCGGAAUGUGACUUUCAGGAGUUUAUGACCUUCAUCACCAUGGUUACCAUCUGUGGCCACGAGUUUUUCAAACACCAUGAGGACGAAUAAGCCGAAUUCAGCACUUUUAAAACUAUAAUCCGAAUGUCGUAGCUUAAUAAAUCAUAAAAAAUUCCUUUUCAUUAAUUUUGGAUUGUUAUGCAUAUCAUGUUAGACUUGGGGGGUUCGUUCAUAGCUUGUUUGACAACUUUGUUUGGGACGUUUUGCUCGUAUGUGCAGUGACAUAAAAUCAAUUAUCAUUAAUUUAUUACGAGUUUUGUUAUACGUUAAAAAAGUUUUUUUUCCAGAAUUCAUUGAGCGAAAUUCAAACUGGUGCACUUGUCGUUUCGAUUCCAGGCUGAUUGUGAAAUUUAUUUCUGAUUAGUCUUACGCUAUUAGGCUGCUAUCGAAUUGUUCUGGGCCCUUAGACUGCUAUAAAAAGACCCACCAAAGCUAUGAACCGACUAAUUUUAUCCAUAUUGAGUAUCUUGUUUGAUGUUUAUCAUCAUUUAUAAAUGACAUAGUUUCCAAACAAUCACUUUAAAGACUUUCUGCACUUUACAAGCUGACAAGUUGAAUUUGUUGGGUUUUUAUUUUUAGUAAAUGUAAUGUGCCUUCUUCCCUAAGCUAACAGUUUUAAUGGAAAACAAUUGAGCCUCCCAGACAGCAGACGACUCCGGGCCAGAUCCGCAAUGGGGGUUGACUUCAGUGCGGAUCCGGCCCGGAGUCGUCCGAUGUCUGGGCUAAUUCGUGAAACAUGCGCCAUGUGUUAUUGUUUUAAACUGAGUAUUUAUGUAAAAAUACGUUCAGCUUAUGAAAAAGGCUCAGUGUUUCCCUACAAGACAAAACGUCUUAUACAAAAGUUAAACAAAUUUCAAGUUUUGCAAGUUUUCAGACCAGAAUGUUAGAACUGUGGAAUGAAAAUUAGCCGAAUAAAAUUGUGAACAAACAAAAUGUAA